CAGAGUGGAGGGGGUGGAGGCUGCCUUGGCCCGGCCGCUGCGGUGGCAGCAUCAGGUGAGUGCGGGAGCCGCAGAGACCGAGGCGUUGGGACUGCGGCCGAAGCAGUCGGAGCCAAACUCCCUGUGAGGCCCGGAGCGUCCCAGGAAGAGACCGUGAGGCACUUGCAGAGCGGAUCCCUCCGGGACCGCUCCGAACCUGGGCAUGCAGGCGACGCCCUCUGGGGUCCGAUCGUCGCCAAGGAGCCGGCCAAGUGGGCACUUGCAGCUGGAACAGGGCAGGAGAGAGGGCGGAGCCGCCAGCGAGCCCAGCUCUAUGAGCGUCGACGGCGGCUACAACUUCAGGCGGGUGGCGAUCCGCAGGAAGUCCAACUUCUCCUACCUGCCGCCCGGGACCCCCCGGCCCUGGAGUAGGCCUUCGUCGCACUUGGGACCGGCUGAGAUGGGCAUCUUCAGGCGCCAGGCGUCCCCAGACCCCACAGGCAGCAGUACCUGUCCAAAGGUCACCAUAGUCCCACCUGGUUCAACAAGCAGCACAACCUCACUGGUUGAUCAGAAUGUAUCUGAAGAGGCUCAGGGAAUAAAUGGGAAGACACCAGCGAAACGCUCAGCUGCAAGUCCAAAGCCACAAGUGCCUCCAAAGCCAUUACAUCUGCAGAAUUCACCUUCGUCCAAUAUACACCAAACCCCCAGGCAUAAAGCUUUACCUAGUGCAAAACCAAGGAUGGAGGAAAUUAAACCUGCCUCUGCUUCUUGUGUCUCAAAAGAAAAACCCAGUAAGGUUUCAGAUCUCAUCAGUCGCUUUGAAGGAGGCAGUGCAUUAGCAAAUUGUGGUGAUUUGAAGAAAGAUUCUGCUGUGAACUUAAAUGCUCCUCGAACCCCAGGACGGCAUGGAUUAACAUCCACACCUCCUCAAAAACUCCUCUCCGAGCACCCACCACAGAGGCAGGGAAAUGGUACAGAUCAGACUCAGGGUGAACAGACGUGUGUGACCAAUGGUAUAAUGGCAGCACAAAACCAGACGGAAUGUGAAGAGGCUAAAGCGGCCACGGGUCGCCCAGCUACUCCUGUUCAAACUGCUGAACCCUUCCUUGACACACACUUUGUGAACGGAGAAAGAGACGAAAGCGCUGCUGGCUCUGCAUCCCCCACAACAAGCGACCAUGAUGGAGACGUUUCAGACAGUAGCUGCAGGACUCCAAGUAUAGGUGCCGUGCUCCCUCUAAAAGAAGGAGGGGUGGAAGCAGAAGCCAAGGUACAGGAGAGGGAAAACGGAGAAAGCCCUGUGGACCUGGACCAGCUGGACCAGCACCAGGAGAUGAAGGAAACUAAUGAACAAAAACUUCACAAAAUAGCCAAUGAACUUCUGCUUACAGAGAGAGCCUACGUCAAUCGACUUGACCUCUUAGAUCAGGUAUUUUAUUGCAAACUAUUGGAAGAAGCAAACCGAGGCUCAUUUCCAGCAGAGAUGGUGAAUAAAAUCUUUUCUAACAUUUCAUCAAUAAAUGCCUUCCAUAGUAAAUUCCUCUUGCCAGAGCUGGAGAAACGAAUGCAAGAAUGGGAUACCACUCCUAGAAUUGGAGACAUCCUUCAAAAAUUGGCGCCAUUCCUUAAGAUGUAUGGAGAAUACGUGAAGGGAUUUGAUAACGCAAUGGAAUUGGUCAAAAACAUGACAGAUCGAAUUCCCCAGUUCAAAUCGGUGAUUGAAGAAAUUCAGAAACAGAAGAUCUGUGGGAGCUUAACUUUGCAGCAUCACAUGCUGGAACCUGUUCAGCGGAUUCCUCGGUAUGAGAUGCUCCUUAAGGACUACCUAAGGAAAUUGCCCCCUGAUUCCCCGGACUGGAAUGAUGCAAAAAAAUCACUUGAAAUUAUAUCUACAGCAGCAAGCCAUUCUAAUAGUGCAAUAAGAAAAAUGGAGAACCUAAAGAAACUCUUAGAGAUUUAUGAAAUGUUGGGAGAAGAAGAAGACAUUGUAAACCCUUCCAAUGAGCUAAUAAAAGAAGGACAGAUCCUCAAGCUAGCUGCACGGAACACAUCAGCACAAGAACGCUACCUUUUCUUAUUCAACAACAUGUUACUAUACUGCGUGCCCAGAUUCAGCUUGGUAGGCUCAAAAUUCACAGUUCGGACCAGGGUUGGCAUUGAUGGAAUGAAAAUCGUAGAGACUCACAAUGAAGAAUAUCCACAUACUUUCCAGGUGUCUGGGAAAGAGAGAACACUGGAACUGCAGGCCAGUUCACAAAAGGGCAAAGAAGAAUGGAUCAAGGCCCUUCAAGAGACCAUUGAUGCCUUUUAUCAAAGGCAUGAAACCUUCAGAAAUGCAAUUGCAAAGGAUAAUGACAUUCACUCUGAAGUUUCUACUGCCGAGCUAGGGAAAAGAGCCCCAAGAUGGAUCCGAGAUAAUGAAGUGACAAUGUGUAUGAAAUGCAAGGAAUCUUUCAAUGCACUGACAAGAAGAAGGCACCAUUGUCGAGCAUGUGGACAUGUGGUUUGCUGGAAGUGUUCUGACUACAAAGCUCAACUUGAGUAUGAUGGUGGAAAAUUGAGCAAAGUUUGUAAAGAUUGUUAUCAAAUAAUAAGUGGAUUCACAGACAGUGAAGAAAAGAAAAGGAAAGGAAUUUUAGAGAUUGAAUCUGCAGAAGUAUCUGGAAACAGUGUGGUGUGCAGCUUUCUUCAGUACAUGGAGAAAACAAAACCUUGGCAGAAAGCUUGGUGUGUGAUCCCCAAGCAAGACCCUCUUGUGCUGUACAUGUACGGUGCACCCCAGGAUGUCAGAGCCCAAGCUACCAUUCCACUCCUGGGCUACAUCGUGGAUGACAUGCCAAGGAGUGCAGACCUGCCACACAGUUUCAAACUGACGCAGUCCAAGUCUGUGCACAGCUUUGCUGCAGACAGCGAGGAGCUGAAACAGAAGUGGCUGAAAAUCAUUCUUUUAGCUGUCACAGGUGAGACACCAGAUGGUCCAAAUGAGCACCUAACCACCCUGGACGAUCAUCAUGAACCUAAGAAAAAAUCAGAAUGUUGAACUCCAGGAUCAACUGCAGCGUGGGGUCUCAAGCAAGACGUACAGCUCCAGACAUUCCCAGCUCUCCUUCCUCCUCUCUUAGCACUUUACGUUGAAAAUGUAGACUCAUAAAUGCCAUCAUUUGGGGACUCUUUUCCCAUUUGUGUACUCUUAGUAAAAUUAACGUGCAGAGCCAUUCUCCCAGUAAAGUUUUGAAAUAAUGUGAAAAAUGGAGUUUUUAUGAACUAGAAUAUGUGCUUUUGUCUUGAAGAAAAUGGUGUCAGUUGAUUGUAUCACUACCGGGUUAGAAUGGGCCACUUUCAUUUAAGAAAUCCUUCGAUGUCUUCUCUUUCACAUGUAGAAUCUGUAACAGUUCGAAAGAUAUACCUCCAUGUUGCCAAAAUAGAUCCAUGGUGGAAAAUACAGGGACAGUUUAGGGUAUUAUAUUAACUUAUUUAGUUUAUAAAUCUCAAGCUGCAUAAAUGAUGUAUGUUCUUUUAAAACAAAGAAACGAGGACAAAUUGUUGGUGUUCAACCUUUUUGACUUAAAGAUAAUACUUGUUUUUGUAGAAAUACUCUUCAGAAUAUCUAAAGUAUAUAGCAAUUAUCUGUAUAUAGAAUUAAAUAUAAAUAUAUAUACUAUACAUGCUUUUCUCUACAGCUUUAGGUUCACAUUCAUCUCUAAUUUAUUUUUAAAAUAAAGGGCAUGUUUUAUCUUCGAAAUGAGCAGUGUUCUAAACUUAAAUGUUUUUGGUGAUUUAUGUUUAACCGAUUGGUAUCUAAGGGUGUUGAUAUUUUUAUAAGAAAAAGCAGUAUGUGGCAUGGGGCAAAUUAGUGAAUUCCAACAGUAUUUUUAGGGUUUUGUUUUUGUUUUUGUUAUGUGCCUAUUUAAACCAGUGCCUCUCUUAGAAGGUGCUAUUAAUACCUAUUUAAAUAUAAGAUGAGGGUUUAGUUAAUGUUUCAGUUUUGAUUAUUCUGAAAUUAAAGUGCAUUUUGGUCACUGGGAUAGUCAAAGUCAUACGGGUUAAUUUGCCUUUUAUAAAAAUAUAAUUGUUGCAGUAAUUAACAUCAGUGUGUGCAAAAAUCUUUACCAAAACUUGAACUGUACAAGACACCUGACCUUACAGAGGGACAUGUGGAAACUGCAUUUAUUGUCAUUGUUUCCUUUUUUCAUAUGACUGUUAUGCACGGUUGGAUAAGGACUAUAUCAGAUGAACACUUAAGAUAACCAUGUGGGCCUAUUUGUCAGAUAAGAAACAAAAUUCACAUGAUAGCCUAUGUUUGGGGGCAGGGGUUGAUAGAUAGUAAAGGAAGUUUAUGCACAACCACCUCCCCAGAGAAGAACGGUGGUGGGUGGAGAACAAUAUUGAAAAAGCAAUAUCUUAAUGGCAGGUUUUCAGGAAAUACAAAUGAUUAAAGAAUGUGAGAAUUUUUUUCCCUUUUAUCCUCUGUGGAAUUUUAAUAGAUUAUAAUUCCUUGUCAUGAAGGCUGCUCUUCAUUUUAUAGUACUUUUAAUUAAAAUCUCACAUGGAGUUGCUUAUUUAAUCCUCUUCUCAGGUUCAAUUUUUCAUUUACUUUUACAUUGUCACAACCCAAGCAUUAUCAGUUUUUAUAUACCAGUCUGCUAGAAAUUUACUGUCCUUGGUCUUUAAGGACUGUACCUUAAAUGUAGACAAUGAGUAAAUGUAGAUUUACUCAGUUUGAAACUGUCAUUUCUUUAGGCCCUUUUGCUUUAAGAAAUAUCUCAAGAUUUUUUUUUCCCUCUACUACAAAGAAGCAAAUGAACCAAUUAUGGCUGGCAUAAUUAAGUCCCCUUCCUCCAUGAAAGGAAUACCAGCCAUGGUCAUUAAUAUUAAACCAAAUACUUAGAGCCACAAAGAGAUGAUACCUUCUUAUGCCCUAUGAAAUCAGGGCCAAACUAAAAGGAAAUUUACAUUGCCUCUCGUUUCUAGCUAUCAGCUGUAGUGUGUGUAUAAGAAUGGAAAAAAAAAAAAAAAAAAAACGGGUUUCAGAUGGUUAUUGAGAAAAUUAAACUAUAGCUAUAGAUAAUACUUUGAUUUUCUGAAUCUCCAGAAAAGAGAAUAAAAGUAUAGAAUGAUUAUCAGAUAAAGAUGACUUAUAAAUGUGCAUAGAUCAUUGGAGAUAUAUAUGCCAACUAGAUGAUUUAUGAGUCAGAUUAUUUUUUAAAAUUGAGAAGAAAGGCCAACUCCACUUUCUCUACUGUCAAGUCCUUUUGGAAUAGAAGUGACAUGAACAUGUUCAGUGUUAUCUAACUUGGGUUCUGAAAGAAUACUCACAAAGAGUAUUAUUAUCAUGCUCUUAGCAUCCAUUAUCUUUACUUUUUUAAAUGAGAAAUAUCAGUGCUAGAAGAGGAUUUCUGGUUAUCUAGUCACCCUCUUCACUUUUCACCCCACAUUCUUCAGCCAAGCAGAGGAGAUACAAGGUGGCAGCAUCACUCAUUUCUGUCUCUUUAAAGAAUCACAUAUUUACUUGGAGAAAGGUUAAUACUCUUUGCUGCUCAACUAAAAGACCUCAAAGAAGUUGUUAAAGAGAAUUGGUAUAAAAAGUGUCUUUUCCUUUCUGAGAUACCCAUGCAGUCAUGACAAAAUGAA